AUGGAUAAACAUUUAAAGAAAAAUAACGGAGCACACCGCACCGUACCGCAACGUUACGACAUUGCAUCGAACAGCGGAGCAUUCGAUAGUCAGUAUUGGAAUAGUAGCCGUACGGUCAUCAUGUACGGGCUCAAGCUGCUCUCAGCCAGACGGGACCUUUGCUGGGCUGUGAUUGUGUUCUGUUGUCUGCUCGCACUCUACCUCUACCACGCCCAACUAUCGGACCGUCUGGCUACCCUGGAGGAGUUCCGGAUUGCACAUCAGCGUGAGGAGCGUAUACAGCAGCAGCAACAGCAGCAGCAGCAGCGCGGCCAGGAGCUAGUGAUACCCCAGUUCAAGGUGUUCCCAUACGAUACGCACUACACAGCGUCCCCGUUUGAUGAGGGGAAUGCGAAGCUACCGGGUGAUAUGGGCGGUGCGGUGACACUGCCCGAUAAUGUAACGGAAGACGUUUCGAAACUGGUCGACGAGGGCUACAAGCACCAAGGGUUGAAUCAGUACGUGAGUGAUUUGAUUCCGGUGCAUCGCCGUCUGCCGGAUCUGCGUGAUGCGUGGUGUAAGGAGGAGGGACGUUUACAGGCCAGCCUACCGAAGGCAUCGAUCGUGAUCGUGUUCUACAAUGAAGCGUGGUCGGUACUGGUUCGUACCGUGCACUCGAUCCUGGAUCGUACACCGAGCGCGCUGAUCGAAGAGAUCAUCCUGGUGGAUGAUUAUUCCAAUUUGGCACAUCUACGGACCCAGCUGGAGGAAUACUUUGCCGGUUAUCCGCUGGUCCGGAUACUGCGUGCCCCGCAGCGACUCGGUCUGAUCCGUGCCCGGUUACUCGGUGCCCAGAAUGCGACCUCCGAGUUUCUAACCUUUCUCGAUGCGCACUGCGAGUGUAUGGUUGGGUGGCUCGAGGCACAGCUUGAUCCGGUAGCACGGGAACCCCACCGUACGAUCGCACUGCCCACGAUCGAUUGGAUCGAUGAGAAGAAUCUGGCGCUGGUCAGCAACAAGGCACCGGUGUACUAUGGGGCGAUGGGUUGGGGGCUUGAUUUUCAGUGGCGUGGCCGGUGGGAUCGAGUGAACAAACCGGAGAAUAAGCUGGAACCGUUCAGCACACCGGUCAUGGCCGGUGGGUUGUUUACGAUCCACCGGAAGCUUUUCGAGUGGCUCGGUUGGUACGAUCCGCAGCUGGAUGUGUAUGGGGGCGAGAAUAUUGAGCUGUCGCUGAAAGCGUGGAUGUGCGGGGGACAGAUAUUGACCGUGCCCUGUUCCCGUGUGGCGCACAUACAGAAGACUGGCCAUCCGUACCUUAAUGGACUGAAGAAGGACGUCGCUCGGACGAACUCGGUGCGUGUGGCCGAAGUAUGGCUCGACCAGUACGCCGCCGUCCUCUACGAUUUGUUCGGUGGCCCCCAGUACCGCGGUGACUUCGGGGACGUGACCGAGCGUAAGCGCCUCCGGGAGGCACUUCACUGUAAAAGUUUCCGCUGGUAUCUGAACACCGUGUUCCCCGAGCUAGCGCCAGCCCUUGACAAACGCCCGGGCCAUGGACCGUUCGAGAAUGAGGCACUUUCGAAGCACUGUCUCAUGGCGCAACCGUCGGGUGUGCCCACGAUGGAACCGUGCCAGGUUGGUGAAGCGAGACAACACUGGGUGCAUAAUCUGUUCGGUGAGCUGAGUAACCAGAACCGCUGUCUAGACUACAGUGGCAGCGCUUUAUGGGUGUUUCCGUGUCAUAAAGCGCGCGGUAACCAGGAAUGGCGCUACAAUGGUACCACCCAUCAGUUCGAACACUGCAAGCAUGAGGCCAAGUGUCUUGCGGUUGAACCGAGCACGAAGCAGCUACGUAUCGAUAGUUGCGACAAGGCACAGGAAUCUCAAAGAUGGCACUACCCGGCGUUAGACUUUAGCAACAGUUAGUGAGCAGAGCAGAGCAGAGAGCAGUUGUACAAACAGUGCAUCGUGUCGCAGCGGACUGUUGUAAUAAACAAUGGGAUGACCA